CACCGUUCCACGCCACUUUGGGGGGCCAUCGAGGGGCAUCUUCAGCGGACCUUCGGCUACUCAACGAUCCCGUCGCAACCCGUCCGGGUUGCUGCCAUCAUCCAUGGCCCAGUGGAAGGAGACGCCCAACAUUGAUGACAUUCCGAGGCACCAUUUAUGCUUCGGAAUAAGGAAUCAGGACCGUAACCAAAGUACAGCAUCCAUACUGAAUACAUACCUAUGUAUUCGUACGAAGUACAGAGGCUAUGAGGCCCUGAGGCCCUUAGGCCAAGACAUCUGUCAGUCACCCUCGUGCCCCCCAGCACAUGCAUGCACUGAAGGUCGGAUCCGUCUGCAUAUGACACCUGGGCUUCCAAUAAAACUUGAGCGGGGACAUGGCGGGAGCUACCUUGUCUUCCUUACCGACCAUAGCUGGCAUGCUCGGUUGGUUACCUGCGUUACCUUCCUUUCAUGGCAACGGCCUAACCUGAAGCUCCUCAAAGACCAACAAUCCUCAAAACCUCAUUACUCUCGCCCCCGUCCUCGCCCUCGUCUUUGCUUUGCACUGGCACAAGGCAUCCCGUGCACCCCAUCGACGGCACUGACAUCAUUUUGUUAGAGAUGCGAAUAGAAACAUAGCUGCCAUCUUGGGCCAUCUUACGAGCCAUUAUCCCUGUUCUCUUGCUCCAUUUAUGGCAUAAAUCUGUCCCGCGUGC